AUAAUUGCCUUUUAAGUUAGCUCAGCAUUCGCCGUUUUGUUUGUAAUUUUAAACAGCAGCCUUAAGGUCGGGUCGAGCUUCAAAAUUGCAGUACAGCAAAGAAGUUAUUAAAUAGUUUUUUUUUUAAAUAAAAAAUAAAAAUUAAAAUGGAGGCGAAUGGUGUGUGAUCCAACUUAUUUAUCAUUGAUUUUUAUUUGGUUAUUUACAAAAUUAUGCUUAAAAAUUGUUUAAAUAUCAAUGGAUAUCUUUAAAUAGUAAAAUAAAAAUGAUUUUACUAUUCAGCGUAUUAGUAUUCUUCAGAAGUUUAAAAUAUUGUCACGUUUCUUUGGCAGAAACUAAUGAUGGAGUUCUAUUUGCUUCAAAUCACGAAAUCUUUUUGUAUCAAGUUGCAACCCAAAAAAUUGUAACAUUGGCAGACAGUUUAAAGGAUGUUGUUGAAGUAGAUAUUGACUAUGAAACUCAAACAUUGUUUUAUGUUUCAGAGUCUCGAAGGAUAAUUUCUGUAAACAUAAUAACAAAAGAACAAAAGGUUUUAUUGGAUUUUCAGCUUGCAGAAAUAAAACAUUUAUCAGUUGAUUGGAUUUCAAAAAAAAUAUAUUUUGCAGAUCAACUUACAAAUAGACUAGAAGUCUGCUCUUUUGAUGGCUUAGAUAGAUUAGUUUUGUAUCAUAAAAUGUCAAACCAUUUAAAAGGACUGACAGUAUUCCCAAGCAAAGGCCUUUUAUUUUUGACUGACUGGGGUGAUAAUGCUCGAAUAGAAAAAAUUAACAUGGAUGGAUCUGAUCCACAAGUGUUUGUUAACAAAAACAUUUUAGUACCCAAUGUAAUUGUAGCUGACAAUGAUCAAGUUUAUUGGUUCGAUGGCCAAAAGCUUACACUUGAAUCAAUACGCACUGAUGGAUCUGAUAGGAAAACAAUUUUUAAAGCAGAAGAAAAUAGUUUCAAUAGCAUUGUUAACAUGGCAAUCAUUGAUUUACGGAUUUAUUUUUCUAAUUUAAAAAAAAGUUCUAUUUCAUCUUGCAAUAAAUUUAAUGGAUCAGUUGAGCUUUGCCGUACAGAAAUUUCUGAGUUGUCAGAAAUCAAAUCUAUCAAAUCUUAUGGACAAAAGAUGCAACCAUUUUUUAAUUCUGGUUGUCAUAUAAGAAAUGGUGGAUGCAGUCAUCUUUGUCUUCUAAAGCCUUCAGGAUAUUCAUGCAAAUGUCGCACAGGUUACAAGCUGUUAAAGGAUAACCGAACAUGUUCAAAUGCUAUUGAGAAGUUUGUUUUGAUAGCAACACGUCCUGAUUUACAAAUUGUCUCUUUGGACACUAAUGAUUUUAUAAACAUAAAGCUACCAAUAUCUGGUUUAAGCACAGUUUCAGCUGUAGAUUUUGAUCCUAUUGAUAUGAGAGCGUACUGGACAGAUGCAUUAGAUAAUAAAUAUGGCGUGAUUAAAAGGGCAUUUCUAAAUGGAUCAGCUGUUGAAACAAUAGUACCGUAUGGGUAUACAUUUCCUGAUCAUUUAGCUGUUGAUUGGAUUGCACGCAAUUUGUACUGGACUUGUCCUAAAUUUAACAAAAUAUAUGUGACAAAUUUGAAUGGCUCAGCAAGCGUUGUUAUUGUUGAGGACAACUUAGAUGAGCCAAGAGGAAUUGUAGUUGAUUCAGAACAUGGUCGAUUUUAUUGGACUGAUUGGGGUAAAACUCCUAAGAUUGAAGCUGCAGAUUUGGAUGGAGAGAAUCGUGUUACUCUUGUUAAUUCAAAUCUUCAUUGGCCAAAUGGCAUUACCCUGGACUACAAAAAACAAUAUUUAUAUUGGGUUGAUGGGUAUAGAGACAUAAUAGAAUACUAUGAUUUGGCUAGUAAAUUUAGAGGUGUUCUUAAGUCAAGCUCACCCCACAUGUUUGGUGUCUCAGUUUUAGAUGACUUCGUUUAUUGGACUGACUGGACUGAUAGAUCUUUAUACAAGAUGGAUGUGUCAAAUGAAGUAAAAGUUUUGGUUGUAAAUGAUAUUCCUGACAUUAUGGGUGUAAAGGCAGCAAGUAUUACCACAACUGGUAAUAACACAUGCCACAAUAAUGCUGGUUGUUCUCACUUCUGUUUUUACAAGCCAAGUGGCAAUAUAAGAUGUGGUUGUCCAAGUGGUUAUGAAUUAAAUAUGAAUAAAAAAAGUUGCAAACCACUGGAAGCUAAUCUUAUCUAUUCUACUAGCACAUCAAUCAGUACUAUUUCAUUGGAGAAAAGUAAUAGUACAGGUGUUAUAAAAGUCACUGGAAAAGAUGUGUCAUUUAUUGCUGUACAUUUAAAAAGCGGGACUAUAAUUUGGAUUGAUAAAUCUGGUCCAAGUUCAAUCAAUGGUGCUUCUCUCAACCAUAACAGUAAUCCUGGAAUUUUUCAAACUGGCUUUUAUGAUCUUGUUGAAGGUUUGGCUUUAGAUCAGAUUAGUGGAAAUGUUUAUUGGAGUCAACAGAAUAAAAUUGAAGUAUCUAGGUUAAAUGGAUAUUUUCGAAAAACUAUCAUCAGCGCUAAUAGGCAUUGUUGUACAAGUGAUAAGCUAUGUUGUUUUCAUACAACUUUAUUGGCUUUAAAUAGUUUUAUAAGAAAGUUAUAUUGGAUAGAAGAAACAUAUGAUCCAUCUCAACAUUCAGCUCUUUAUGAAUCAAAUCUUGAUGGCUCAAAGCAGCGUUUUCUAACAAAUGUCACUAAGGAAGUGAGUGGAUUAGCUGUAGAUGUUAAUGAUAGUAGUAUAUACUGGAUUGAAAAAAACAGUCACAAAAUACUAAGGUUAAAUACAAAAGAUAUGUUAGUAACAGUUAUAGCCUAUAGCCUUGAUUCAGUUACAGGUCUUGCUAUAUAUCUUGACAGACUUUACUUUUGUGAGUCAGACUCUGAAACAUUAGGCAAAAUAUCCUCAGUGAAAAAAGUAAAUGGAGAUAUAAAAUUGAAGUUCCCUAUUCAUGGAAAGUGCCAGAAUCUUGCCGUUUUACAAGCAAACACUCCAACAGGUGGCAAUCUUUGCGAAUUUAAUAAUGGUGGGUGUGAACAACUGUGUUUUGCACUAUCACAAUCAGAAAGAAUAUGUGAAUGUGAAACUGAUUUUACAAUUAGUUUAAUUGAUAAUACUUCAUGUAUAGGCCCUCAAACAUUUAUUCUCAUCAGUGAAGAAACUUUAGUUUAUCGUGUGGUUUUUUCGAAAAUGACUGAAGUUCCUAUUUAUUUUAAUUUUCCAACUUAUAUAUCUUCGAUUGAAUAUAAUGUAAACUCUCAAACAUUAUAUUGGUUGGAUGAAAUGAAACAUCAGAUCUUUUUUUCACAGAAUGGUGUCAAAAAGAAAGUUAAUUUGCAAGUUGAAAAUGCGUUUCCUAUAUCUUUUGUUAUUGAUUUAUUUUCAAAUUGUCUUUACUGGAUUGAUGGUAAAAAUAAUAUUAUUUCAUAUAUUGAUCUUAACAACUCUUUAAACUAUGGAACAGUUUUCAAUAAAAAUGGUUUUGAUCCUUUGAACUUGGCUAUUUUGCCCGAAAAAGGUUUGCUGUUUUUUAUAAGUCAACAAAAACAAUUUGGUCAUUAUUUACUUUUAUCUAUUCGUUAUGAUGGUUCAAACUUAAUAGAACUUCAAAAAAUUGGAGAUAUUUCUGAUGGAUUGCCACGUUAUGAUGUUGCUGUUGAUCACAAAGAAAAUCGUGUAUAUUGGUUGGAUAAAAAUAAAGCAACAGUUCAAAGCAUUAACAUAAAAGGACAAAGUCUUCGUACUCAAUUCAAGUUUAACAGUGAAAAGUUUUCACCAGUUGCAAUUAGUGUUUUUGAUAAAUAUCUUUAUUGGCUUGAUCAAGAUACAAAUCAACAUGAUACUAAGUUAAAAAGAGCUCUGUUGGAUACAGAGGUAAGCAAGGAGAUUAAAGUACUGCAAAGAAGUUAUAAAAAAGUCAAUGAUUUGCUUAUUGUAGAUGUUUUCAGGUGGAAAGAAAAGAAUCCUUGUGCAGUACAUAAUGGUGGCUGCAGCCAUAUUUGUUUUCCAGCAAGAAGAAAAAAUGGGGAACAUUAUGCAGAAUGUUUGUGUCCUCUUAACUUUACUCUGGUAAAUAAUAAAAUGAAAACAGAAAAGAAUUGUAAACCUCAAAAUGAAGUUAACUGUCCAUUUAUGUGUAAUAACUUAUGUGUGACAAGCAUUUUGCAAUGUAUUAACAUAGAAUGUUUUGAAGAUGACUGCUUAUGUUCUAGUGGUGAGUUUAAAUGCCUGGGCAGUGCAUGUAUAAAUGCUGGUAAAGUUUGUGAUGGAACCAUAGACUGUGUUCGAGGUGAUGAUGAAGAAAUUACCAUGUGUGGUCAUUUUAACAAUUUUACAACGCCAACUCAACAAACACUCAAACCACUGAGAGUUAAAAUUUAUUCAACUGGAUUCUCAAAAUAUCUUGCAGGAAUUAUCUCCGGUGCUAUUCUUACUACUUUAAUGUUAAUUUUUGGUUUUUACUUUUGCUGCAAAAUGAGUAAUCGAAAGUUAGAACGUUUAAAAAAGGAACAAGAAAUGUUUAAGUUUAGCACAUUUACCGAGCAAGUUAUUAUUUUGCCAGAUUCUAAAGUAGAUAAUAGUUCAUUAUCUCUUUUUCGUUAUAUAUCAGGCUCUUCAGGUAAUGUUUCAGACAAUAUUAACGCAACAAAUUUUUCACCUCCAUCGACAGUAUCAACAAUGAUGACAAGUGUUAGUCAACGUAUUCCGAAUAAUGACAGAUUUUUUCAUGAUGAAUUAGAGUUACCAGCACCUCCUGCUACGCCUUUGUAUAUGCCAAGUGAUAUUGAGUCAAUAAUGACAUCUUCCAAUAUUGAUGUUUCAGGGUGUAUUAAUAACCAGUGUAGCUGCAACAAUUGCUUAUACUGUGUUUCAAAGUAUAAAAGUAAAAACUUUUUUGAAGAGCAAAACUGUUCUAGAGUUGCUUCUUCACUGUCGAAUUCCUUUGUUAAUAAUAAAGGAAACGUACCUUCCUUUGCAAGCUCGUAUGUCGCACCUUCACUUGCAAGUUCCUAUAAGAACAGGCAUUUAUCGGACAAUAGUUUUCACAAUUCUAAAGUAUAUUAUCCAAGGACUAAAUAUUCAAAUUUUAAACGAGAUUCUCCUCAGUGGGUGAAUAACAGUAACAUGCACCGUAUUGCGGACAUGGUUUCUAUCGGGCCUUUGCCUUCUCUCGCAAGUGACUCAGAUUCAUUGCAAAAUAUAAGUAGUGUGUCGCCUAGCAACAGUGUGUUAGAAGGAAUUGACAGUUAUCUUAGUUAUGCCCCUCCUCCUUCUCCAGGAACCGAAUAUAUAACAUCUUCACCUUGCAGUGUUAAUUUUCUUACUUCAGAUAAUGUGUUUAACAAUGAACCUUGUGAAAGAGAUUCUCUUAUGCAUUCAGACAACGAAAAUUGUAAAUUACCUAAAUCUGGACCUUUAUAAUUUUUCUCUAAUUUUGAGAUCGAGGCUUUUGGGGUUAUUUGGGUUUUUAAAGAAUUGUAAAUAUGUAUAUAUUUUUAUUUUAUUUUUUUAAUCAGAAUCUCAUUCCUUAUUAAAAUUUAUAUUUUUAUUUUCAUGCUAGUCAUUGAUCGGUUAACAAUGCAGACCAAACUUAAGUUUUUUCAAAAUUAGUCUUAUUGUUUACUAUUUUAGUUAACUUUAAUUUAUUCAAUUGUUAUCAAAAUAAAUCGGUCCCGCCUAAAAGACUUAAUUAUUUUUAAACUUAAUCUUCUCAUGGCGUACUUCCCUUAAACUUACUUUUGUGUAUUUAUAUAUGUAUAUACGUAUAUUAUAUAGUAUAUAUGUAUAUUAUUUAUAUACGUAUAUACCUUUAUCUUGCCAAAGUGAAUCUACCUUAAUCUUCUCAUUGUGACUUACCUUAAUUUUACAUAGUGUAAUUAUACCUUGAUUCUGCAGUUAUAUUACAUGUUAAUAGUUUUCAUAUAUAGAUAUAUAUUAUGUAGUGUAAAAUAUACAAGCCUAGAAAUGACACUUUUUUAUUUGUGAAAAUAGUUAUGUAUACAAUGUGUCUAAUCUUGUAAAUAUAAUUUAGGUAAUAAAAUGAAAAAUGAAAGCAUUUUUUAA